GCAAUAAUUUCAAGAAAUUUCUCAAGAGUGAUUUAUUUAAGAAACCAUAAUUAGUAAUUUAAUUCUCACUAACAUAAUAGCAUGAUGCAAGUUUUCCAAAUUAUAUAACAGUGUCAUUUGUGAGUAUUUUAGUAUAUUUGGAAAUUGUUAUUUGAAAUGGAUAAAAGUGAAGAAAUUCUUGAUGAAAAUAUGCACAAUACUACAGAUAAGGAUUUCCACAAUGAAGUUAGUAAUGUUCUUCAGCCAAUUAACACUACAAGCUCAAAAGAAAAAAUAACAAUAAGAGAUAUAAUACCACAAAUCAUUGCAAGCUGUGUAAUUCAUUGUAUAGUUAUACAAGCUGGUAUAAAUAUGGCUUAUAGUACAGUUUUGUUAAGUGGAUUGGAAUCAGACAAUGCUGAUAUAAAAGUAACCGAAAAUGAAGAAUCUUGGAUAGCAAGUCUAGUUACAAUAACAUUGCCAGUAGGCUCUCUCAUUGCUGGCCCUUUAAUGGAUAGAUUUGGACGCAAAACGGUUUGUUUAUUAUCUUGUGUUCCCGUAGCAAUCUCAUGGAUUUUUCUGAUAUUUACCAAAUCCUUAAUUAUUAUUUAUGUGGCUAGAAUUGUAGCUGGAAUUGCAGCAGGAUUAACAACUGUUAAUUUGGUUUAUAUAUCAGAACUCACACAUCCCCAAGUCAGACCGAUGCUUCUAUGUCUUAAUUCUGUGUUUGUUUCAUUGGGUAUUUUAAUUACUUGUUGUCUAGCUGUAUUGCUAGAUUGGCGUAAAAUGGCUAUAAUUUUCUUCACAUUAGAAUUUUGCAUUUUUUUUGCACUUUUCUUUGUACCUGAAAGCCCCUACUGGCUCAUAUGCUUUAGAAAUAGCAUGUUUGAUGAGAAACGAUUUCGCAAAAUGAAAUACAAUCUAAAACGACUUAACAGAAGGCAAACAAUUUAUGAGCAAGAAUAUUCACGAAUUAUGGGGACAUACGCAAACCAUGUAGUGAAUGAUGAAGUAUCAAAAAAUAUAGCAGCAUCUAUAAAAAGUUAUUAUAUUAAAUUUAUGUCCCCAAAUGUCUACAAGCCUAUAGUGAUACUUUUUUUACUUUUUCUAUUACAACAGUUAUCUGGCUGCUAUGUCAUCAUAUUUUAUGCCAUUUCUGUUUUUCGUGAAAUGGGUGGAACAUUUGGCAAGGGUUUUGAUGAAAAUAGUGCACUUGUUAUGUUAGGUAUCAUUCGAUUUGUUAUAAGUAUACUAACAGUUUUUUGUAGUAGGAAAUAUGGCAGAAGAAUGCUCUGUAUCUUGAGUGGAAUUGGAAUGACUAUUUCUAUGUUUCUUUCUGGAAUGUAUAUGCAUUUCACUAUUUUGUAUGAUCAAAAUGGCAAUGUAGAAGAAACUAUGGCAGAUCAAAAGUGGUUACUGCUGUUCUUUGUAUUGUCUUAUAUUUGCACUAGUUCGUUUGGAUUUAUAAGUAUUCCAUGGACAUUAAUCGGAGAAUUGCUCCCCGUAUCCGUACGUGGUAUCGGCGGAGGUCUUAUGGUUUCUCUUGCUUAUAUAAUGAUGUUUGCUGUUGUAAAAAACUAUCCAUAUAUUUUAAAAAGCAUGAGUAUCGAGGGCAUCUUUUUCUUUUUUAGCUUCAUGUCCUUAAUAGGUACAGCUUUUGUAUAUUUCUUUUUACCAGAAACUUUGGGCAAAUCUUUUUCUGAUAUCGAAGAGUUUUUUUCUCCCAAAAAGAAGGAAGAAACGCAUAAUGCUAACCUAUAAUUUCUUGAUUUUACUGUUUACUUUUUCUUAUGCAUGAUAUUAAUAUUGGUUGAGGGGACUGUUUACUUAAUCGACUUAGUCCAUUACAAUGGGAUGAUAUAUUUUAUAUAAAAGCAUUUUAAUAUGUCUCAGACAAUAAAUUAAGAUAAUAAGAAAUGUCCUCAAAUUAAUAUUGUAUAAUUGGCGGAGUAGCUUUGUGUGUGCAUUUAGAUUAUUGUAAAUGCUCUUCUAUGUAAAUAUAUUAAAUUUUAAUAAUAUAUACGCACAAGAAAAAUAUAUAUAUUGUAUAUAAAAAGGGCAUGUG